UCCUCGAUCUGCUCAAAUGACACGUUUCUUCUGAAGCUUUCUUCAACCUAUCCUAUCAAAAAUUGAUUUUCUAAAGUGAAGGUCGUGAAGGUAAUCAAAACAUAACCUUACAUUUCGCUUGUAUGCUACAUGCACAAUCUUCCUAUUCUGUUAAUGUAUAUUCUGUUAAAUAUUUUCAGGACCAGUAGGUGCAUUUCUGUUUCCUGUACCAAAAGAAAUAUGUCUUUCAAAUAUCCAGAUGCACGCAGAGAUGAAACCGUUAAAGAUAAUUAUUUUGGCACCGAAAUUACUGACCCAUAUAGGUGGCUGGAAGACCCAGAUUCGGAAGAAACCAAAAAAUACGUAGAUGGCCAAAACGCCGUCACCCGACCGUAUUUAGAUGGUUGUAGUUUCAAAGAAAGUAUCAAAAAGAAAAUUACGCAGCUUUGGAACUACCCGAAAUUUUCGACCCCCUACCGCCACGGGACUAAAUAUUAUCAGUAUAGGAACACCGGUCUGCAAAACCAAAGCGUUAUCUACGUCCAAAAGGACCUGGCCAGCAAAGCCGAAAUUUUCCUGGACCCUAACACCUUCUCAGAAGACGGAACCGUGGCCCUCUCCGGAACUGCGUUUUCCGAAGAUGGCCAAACUUUCGCCUAUGGUCUGAGCAGUAGCGGCUCCGAUUGGCUGGAAAUCAAGUUCAAAGACGUCGAAACUGGCAAGGACUACAAAGAGAUUUUGAAAAAGGUCAAAUUUUCGCCGAUGACGUGGAUGCACGACAACAAAGGCUUCUUCUAUGGGGCGUAUUUGGACCAAACCGGUAAGGCUGACGGUUCUGAGACCAAAACCAACGAAAACCAAAAAUUGUACUACCACGAACUGGGCACCGACCAGUCGCAGGAUGUUGUCGUGGUUGAAUUCGACGACCCGCAUUUGAGAAUUGGGGCGCAUGUGAGCCACUGCGGCAAAUACCUCGUAAUCACGGGAACCAAGGGCUGCAAAAACAACUUGCUCUAUUUUGCUCAAUUAGACUCGGGGAAAAUCACGGGGAAAUUGAAACUGACUGAGGUCGUGACUGAGUUCGUGGCCGAUUUUGAGUACAUUACGAACGAUAAAAACCUGUUUUAUUUCCAUACUAACAAAAACGCCUCGAAUUAUCGCAUCGUUAUUAUCGAUUUCGAUAAUCCGAAAGAAUCCGAGUGGAAGGACCUCAUUUCGGAGCAUCCGAAGGAUGUCCUAGACUGGGCUCAUGCCAUCAAUGAGAACAUGCUAGUUGUAUGCUACCUCCAGGACGUCAAAAACAUUAUGCAACUAUACGACAUUAAGAGUAGCAACAAACUGCACGAUUUUAAGUUAGACGUGGGAACAAUUUCGGCAAUUUCGGGCAAAAAGUACCACAAAGAGAUGUUUUUCAGCUUUUGUUCGUUCCUCACCCCUAACAUAAUCUACAAAGUUGAUUUUGACCAAGGUUCAAUUAAAGAAACGCUUUUUCACGAAACUAAAGUCGGCGAUUUCGAGUCGUCCAAAUACGAAACUAAGCAAGUCUUCUAUAAGAGCAAGGACGGAACGGAAAUCCCGAUGUUUAUCAUCAACAAAAAAGGGCUUGUGAAUGAUGGUUCGAAACCUUGCCUGCUGUACGGCUACGGGGGUUUUAACGUAAACCUUACCCCGUCAUUUGGCGUCUCUCGUUUGGUUUUUAUCGAGAAUUUUGACGGAGUUUACGCUUUGGCCAACAUUCGAGGCGGGGGAGAAUAUGGCGAUAAUUGGCAUAAUGGCGGCCGUUUUGGCAAAAAACAAAACUGUUUCGACGAUUUCCAAUACGCUGCGAAAUACCUAGUGGAAAACAAGUACACGAAAGUCGAUAAGCUCAUAAUCCAAGGGGGCUCAAACGGCGGCUUGUUGGUGGCCGCGUGCAUCAACCAAGCGCCCGAGCUGUUCGGGGCUGCCAUUUGCCAAGUCGGGGUAUUGGACAUGCUUCGCUUCCACAAAUUCACCAUCGGUUACGCCUGGAAGUCCGAUUACGGUUGUUCCGAAGAGCAGGAACAGUUCGAGUAUUUGUACAAAUACUCGCCAUUACAUAAUAUCAGAGUCCCGCAAAAUGGCGGCCAAUACCCCGCGACUCUGCUCUUGACUGCGGAUCACGACGAUCGCGUCGUUCCCUUACAUUCUUUGAAGUUUAUUGCAGAGUUGCAAAACAAAAUUGGGCGGUUGCCAACACAGAAAAACCCUCUGAUGAUCAGGAUAGAGACACGCGCCGGGCAUGGAGCAGGCAAGCCUACCUCAAAAAUUAUUGAAGAAGUCACCGAUACGUUCUGCUUCAUCUCCCGAGCCUUGAAUCUCACCUUCUCGUCUUAAUCCGGUGUUUUUUAUUCUAAACCAAUUCGUGGGUUAAGAUUCAUCAUUAAUUUAAACUUUCUAAUUUCGUUCUAAUGGACAGGGCCCGGAUUACCGAAGUUCUACUGUACUUGACUUAAGUUUUUGCCAUGUUAUUAUCGUGUUGCUUUUUGUACGUAAGUGAAAGCUUUGUUACCAUUAUAAUUAAUGUGUUGUUGUUAAAGUGACGUGUCUCCAGCUUUUUGAUAUCAAUAAAACUUCAAAAAUCAA